UAGGGGAUGAGAAUUUGGAUGAUGAAUUUGGAGAUGAUGAUAGGGAUCGGGUAGACGAGAUGAUACACGAGGUUGAAGAUCAGUCGUGUAGACGACCUCGUAUUUUUGAGUCUAUGUCUAAGGCUGCUGAAAAGCCGUUGUAUCCAGGUUGUACAAAGUACACCAAACUUUCUGCAGUGGUAACACUGUUCAACAUUAAGUCGAACGCUGGUUGGACGGACUCUAGUUUCACAUCGUUGUUGGAAGUUUUAGCUGAGAUGCUCCCUGAAGGAAAUGAACUGCCAAAGUCGUACUAUUAUGCGAAGAAGUUGAUGUGUCCUUUGGGUUUAGAGUACGAGCGGAUACAUGCUUGUCCUAACGAUUGUGUGCUCUAUCGUAAUGAGUAUGAGCAUUUACAUGAGUGUCCACGUUGUGGAUUGUCGAGGUACAAGCGUGAAGGAGCUGGAGGUAGUGAAGGACCACCAGCCAAGGUGUUGUGGUAUCUACCCAUAAUACCUAGAUUUAAGCGCAUGUUCUCAAUGAAAGGAGAUGCGAAGAAUUUGAGGUGGCAUGCAGAUCGUAGGAAGAAAGACGGUCUGCUCAAGCAUCCGGCUGAUUCGCCUGAGUGGAAAACUAUCGACAGGGUGCAUAAGUCAUUUGGUAAUGAGGAUAGGAAUCUGAGGCUUGGAUUAUGUACGGAUGGCAUGAACCCUUUUGGCAAUCUCAGCUCGCAGCAUAGCACAUGGCCAGUAGUUUUAGUGGUUUAUAACUUGCCUCCUUGGUUGUGCAUGAAACGUAAGUACAUGAUGUUGUCGCUUCUUAUAUCGGGGCCCAAACAACCUGGAAAUGACAUAGAUGUAUACCUUCAGCCGCUUGUUGAAGAUUUACAGAAGAUGUGGAACGAAGGAGUGUUAGUAUUUGAUGCGUAUGCUAAUGAGAUGUUCACUCUGCGUGCCAUGCUUUUUUGUACUAUGAACGAUUAUCCAGCUUAUGGGAACUUAUCUGGGUAUAAGACUAAAGGAAAACAACCUUGCCCGAUUUGUUUAGAUGACAUGAAAUCUACACACCUUAAGGGCUGCAAACAUGUGUAUAUGCGCACACGAAGGCUCCUCAGCCGCGACCAUCCCUAUCGGUUUAAGAAGAAGGCAUUCGAUGGGACGGUUGAAGAAGAAGUUGCUCGUAGACCAUUAACUGGUACUGAAGUUUAUAAUCAGGUGAAGGGCAUUGAAACAGUCUUUGGUAAACCUGCUAGUGAGGUUGAUAGACCUACAGGAUUAUGGAAAAAACAGUCCAUUUUUUGGAAACUCCCAUAUUGGAAAGAUCUAAAGGUCAGACAUUGUUUGGAUGUCAUGCACAUAGAGAAGAAUGUUUGUGAAGCUAUUAUCGCGACACUUAUGAAUAUUCCGGGUAAGACAAAAGAUGUUAAGGCGUCACGACUUUACUUGGAACAAGAGGGGAUUCGACCAGAGUUGUGGGCUCAGAAAAGGGACGGAAGAAAGAAGAAAAGAGGGGAGGAAAGGGUUGAUGAUGAUGAAACACAUAAAAGU